UACAAAUACAAACUACACUCAUCACUUCCCCUUUCACCCAACUCUUUUCCCCUUUUCUCCAUUUUCAUUCUUCCAUGUUUAAUACCUUGCUUUCUCCACGCCCAUCUCUUUUCUAACUAAUCUUUACUAAAAAAACACCAAACUUAAUAAUUCUUGUGUUACUCUUUUAGCAAGUAAAGAACCAAGAUAAAAGAACAAUGAUUCGAACAAACUUGUUAUGAUUAUUUCCCCUUCAUUCUUGCUUGAACCCCACAACUCUUCUUUGCUUUACUAAUUUUUUUUUAAUUAUAAAGUUUGUAUUUUUAUCAAGAAAUUCACAACAAUGGCUGAAACCCCAUCUCAGAAAGAGUAUGAAAAAGUUACUUUCUUGAUUGUUGUUAAGAAAAUGAAGAGAUUCAGGCUUUUUGAGCCCUCUUUGAGCAUUCUUGGAUUCUUCUUAGUUAUAUGCCUUGUUUUGUGCUUUGCCUUGUUGGAUUACAGAAGUGUGGCUAAAGUCUUGAAAUUUUCUGCAGAGUCUCAGAGGUUUUUAUGGUUGAGGUUUAAUAGGCCUAAUAAUAAUAUUGCUGAGAGUAAAAGAGUUGAUUUUUUGAGUGAAAAUGGUAGUGUUUGUAAUGUGUUUGAUGGUGAUUGGGUUUGGGAUGACAGUUAUCCUUUGUAUAAUUCUAGAGAUUGUAAAUUCUUAGAUGAAGGUUUCAGGUGCACUGAAAAUGGAAGGCCUGAUUUGUUCUAUACAAAAUGGAGAUGGCAGCCUAAACAUUGCAAUUUGCCCAGAUUUAAUCCCAGGACCAUGCUAGAGAAACUGCGGAAUAAACGUAUAGUGUUUGCUGGAGACUCAAUUGGGAGAAACCAGUGGGAGUCUUUGCUUUGCAUCCUUUCUUCAGCUAUAGUCAACAAGGACACAAUCUAUGAAGUAAAUGGCAGUCCUAUCACAAAACACAAAGGGUUUUUGGUCUUCAAGUUUGCUGAUUACAAUUGCACUGUGGAAUACUAUAGGGCUCCGUUUCUUGUGCUGCAGAGCCGACCUCCUGCUGGAUCCCCGGCCAAUAUAAGAACAACUCUAAAGUUAGAUAAAAUGGAUUGGAACUCUUUAAAAUGGAGGGAUGCAGAUAUCAUUGUUUUCAAUACUGGGCACUGGUGGAACUAUGAGAAGACCAUAAGAGGGGGUUGUUACUUCCAAGAGGGCUCAGAGGUGAAGAUGGAUAUGAGAGUGGAUACUGCCUAUGAGAGGUCUUUGCAAACGGUGUUAGACUGGGUAAAUCGUGAAGUAAACUCCAAUAAAACCCAGGUCUACUUUAGAACGUAUGCCCCGGUACAUUUCAGAGGUGGAGACUGGAGAACCGGGGGAAGCUGUCACCUGGAGGCACUUCCAGAUUUAGGCUCUUCAUUGGUGCCACCCCACACAUGGGCUCGAUACAGUAUAUUUCGUGAUGUAAUGUCAACUCGCUCAAACACAUCAAAUCUAGGAGCAUUACAUGUUCUAAACGUAACACAUCUGACCUCCAGAAGAAAAGAUGGACAUUCAUCUAUGUACUAUUUGGGUCCUGAGGUAGGCCCCGCGCCUAUCAAUAGGCAAGAUUGCAGCCACUGGUGCCUGCCGGGAGUCCCAGAUACAUGGAAUGAGCUACUCUAUGCCCUAUUUAUGAAGCGCGAAGCAACUCAAACUUGGAACACCUCAACCAUCCAGGUGCAAUGAUCGGAGGUUGCUGCUAAGAGANGGGGGGGGGGGGGUUGCUGCUAGGAGAUGUACUAUAUGUAUACUCUCAACAUAGGACUAAGAUGUGUCAAAUAUAAGGAUGCUUGUCCGAUAAAAUACAGUAUCGAGGAGAUACAAAAAAUUAGCAGACACAGAGGAGGCAAGGCAAGAACCCGUCUCAUGGCUGUUUCAAGACUUGCUUCUAUGUAGAGUGUAUUUGGGGCAAGUUGUAAACAGGGUCAUAGAAUAAAAUAGAUAUAACCUCAUAGAUAGGAGUAUUCCAAAUGUAGUGAUUAUCAUGCUUUUAGUGCAUCAAAUGUAGAGAUAUCAAGUUUUGGUUACAACUUGUAGCUGGACAAAGAAAAGAAUAUAAGUUGAAAUAGUUCUGUCAAUUAAACUA